GGUUUCACGGAUAUUUCUGUCAGCACUCAGGAGCGAUGUUCUCCAUAGCUAGGAUAUGGUGGAUUCCGCUGCUAGUUGGAACGCUACUGCUGGGAAGAGAUACCGCAGAUGCGGCCUGUGCUCGCGGCGUGUACAAUAGCAAGAUCUGUUCGGGACACGGGACCUGCAACACGCGCAACUUGUGCGAGUGCGAUGCGAGACACUUCGGAUUUGACUGCUCGCAGGAACGCUGUCCGCUGGGGCCAGCAUGGGUGGCUCCUGCGCGAGCGAUGGACGACGCCCACUACCUUGUCGAGUGCUCAAACAAGGGCGUGUGUGACCACAAAGAAGAGAUCUGUCGGCACUGUUUGCGGUGGGCACAGAGCCUUUGUACGACGCGUGGGAUGCAGAUACGAUAUACGGGUGCAAGUGCAGCAAAGGCUAUCACGGCUACGACUGCUCAAUCGUGUCCACGUGGAGAUGACCCGAUGACAACUGGGCAAAAGAACGAAGUACAGAUUGUGCAGUGCACUGGGACAGGAGGAUCGUUUUUCCUUUUCUUUAAAGGACAAAGCGUGGAAAUACCAUUCGACACGACACUGGAGAGUCUCGAAAAGAUUUUCACUACACUCAAGUCACUUCCGGUCGUUAAAGUCACGUUCGGUGGUACAGCAACAACCGUUUGUAGUAGCACGGCAGCAAACCCCAUCAUGAUCGAAUUCAUUCAAGACUUUGGACCACAAUCUCCGAUCAAAGUUUUAGGGAUGCUCAAGGGUGUCGUUUACCUUACGGGUGGUAGCGUGUUCGCGACUUCUGCGGGUGGUAUUUUAGGUGGAAGAACGUCUGUUCAAGGCACCAAGGAGUGGGAAUUCUGCAGCAACCGAGGAGACUGCAGCUUCGAAACGGGCCAAUGUAAAUGUUUUACCAACCCCAUGCCGGGGUACCGGUCCAGUGAUGGCUAUGGAAAUCCUGGGACCCGAGGCGAUUGUGGAUGCGCCAACGACAAAAAUCUGUACGGCGGGCCGAUUUCAGCCUGCGUGGGCGAACUUGCUUGUAGCGGACAUGGCUACUGCACUGGUUCACCAUCUUACAAGUGCAUUUGCGAGAGAGGAUGGUCGACUGGAGAUUGUUCGUCGCGAAAAUGUCCGUCAGGGCCAUCGUGGUUCACCUCUCCGUCAGCAAGUAACACCGUGCAUAACCAGUGGUCAGAGUGUUCUGAUGCAGGUAUUUGCGAUCGUACCACUGGCCAAUGCUCCUGUUACACCCCGUUCGAAGGUGCUGCAUGCGAGUACAUGAAAUGUCCUGGGGAUCCUGUUUGUAGUGGUCACGGGCAGUGCAUGACCAUCCGCCAGUUGUCGCUAGAAGCAGAUGUUGAUGCACCGUCGCUGGUUUUUGACUACGGCUCGGAUCCAAACAACAUACAUACAUUCGAUCGUGACAACAUUCUGGGCUGCAAAUGCGAUCCAGGUUACGAAGGCUACGACUGUAGCAAAAGAUCUUGCUUAAAGGGUGACGAUCCCGUCACAACGGAUCAAGUCGACGAGCUCCAACUACUUAAAUGCACUGCGACAGGAGGAAUAUUCCGUCUUCAGUAUCGCACGUCAACCUCGGUCGACAUUCCAUUUGACGCCACGUCCGAUGAUCUUCGAUAUAUCCUCAUGAAUUCCUUUGGCUUUGAAGAUCCUGUUGUGGAAUACUCGUCGGGAACGAAAGCCUGCUCGACCCCAGGAUCAGCAGACAAUAUUAUCACCGUCAACUUCCCAAUUGACCACGGUGACAUUCCACCGAUAAGAGCGGAGACGACCGGACUUAUUGCAUUGAGUGGAUCAGUUAGCUUUGUCACCGCGGACAAUGGGGUUGCGAUAGGUGGUAUGGUAAGUCAAAAAGGCACGAAGGAGAACGCAGUUUGCUCCAACAGAGGCUACUGCGAUUACAGUCAAGGUAUCUGCUCGUGCUCAAUUGGAUAUGGAACUAGUGAUGGUCGAGGAAAUCAAGGCAAUCGUGAUGACUGCGGUCGUAUAAUGCCGAAGAUAAAAUAUGUGGCUCAGGAGUUGCCAAUGCAAUAAUACCAUCAUCAUCCUCAA